AUGAAGGCUCAGCUCACCCUUCACCUGCCAGAUCAUCAUACUCCGCUCGCUUUCGAAGCGCUUUGCGUUCGGAACCUCGGCAUCUCCACCCCGGCAUCGCCUGUGGACGGUCAAGCUACGCUGCCCUGGCAAGGAUUAAAGCUGGCUGACCCACAGUUUGGCACAUCUGGGGACAUUGAACUGCUCAUGGGUGCCGAUGUACUCCCGGAUAUCCUGAGAGCUGGGCUUCUCCGGCGGUGUGACCUCACAGCACAGCGCACAGCGGUUGGAUGGACGAUCUCCGGGCGUGCCUCAACGGCCCACACUGCCACCCAAACUUCUGCCUGUUUAGUAUUGCGAAGUGAAAUCGAAACCCCAUGGCACCAACAAUUGAUGGGCGCACUACAACGCUUUUGGGAGGUGGAAGAGAUGCCUCGCUCCAUUCGUCAAUCACCAGAAGAUGAAGCCUGCGAGCGCAUUUUUCUCGAACAUCGGCGAGAGACCGGUGGUAGAUACUUCGUGAGAUUACCCGUUAAGCCAGGCGCCUUGGCACUUCUGGAGGACGGACUGGCGGGGGCCCGAGUUGCUCUUCGAUCUCUCCAGCGUCGCAUGAGUCAGGAUUCUGUGCUGGCAGCAGAGUACACCCGCUUCAUGCAAGAGUGGCCUUUUGCGCUGACAUCAAAAUGA